CAUACUAAUUCAAUGCUGAAGAAAUAAAUUUUAUAAACAUUGCGCACUUUUUUCUAAAAAUAUGAGAACUUGUGCAGUGCCGAAUUGCCGAACCAGAAAGAAUACGGCUCUGCAGAAACAGGUGUGCUUCUUCGCGUUCCCCAAGCGCCCAAGAGCAUUCAGACGUUGGCUCGCCUUCUGUGGACUGACGAUGGAUACCCUGAAAACCAAGAAUCCCAUCAUUUGCAUUGAACACUUCAAGGAUGAGGACAUCCAGGGCGCCCUAAAGUUCGAGAUGGGACUGGCCAAGAAACGCACCUUGCGACCGGGAGCGGUUCCCUGCAUAAACAGGGACAAGGAAAGUGCCAAGGAAAGAGCCAAAAAGGAAAGGAAACAGCGGCGCAAGAACCAGAAACUGGUGGCCAAACUCCUGGAGGAAAGCGAGGCCAACACGACGACUCCAGCUCCAGAGGUCUCUUGUCCAGCCAGUCCAGUGCGGGAUGUGGAUUUAUCAGAGGUUAUAUCAAUGGAAUUUGAUCCUUUAAUGGCCAAGGAUGAGCCAAAAGAACUGGAAAAGUGCCGCAUCUGCUGCAAGGACUUCACCGUGGACUCCACGGCCAAGAAUCUCUGUGACCAGGCCAACAGUGUCCUGCUCUUCCACAUAGAAGUCAUUAGCGGUGUCUGGAUCAGCCUGAAACCUGACGAACCCCAGUUCAUGUGCCCUGCCUGCGUUCUAUCCCUCAAUCUGGCCAUCGAUUUCCGGGAGAUGUGCAUCAACGCAGAGCUCAGGAUCGGACAAAACAAGUCCUUAGCUGAAACGGAACCAGAUAAAACGGAGGACUAUGCUGCAAAUGAGGAUUCAGUUAGCUCAGAGCCUUAUAUGCUAUUCGAAGCAGAGUACACCAACAUAGAAAAGAUCGAAGAUCCAGAGGAAGAGCCUGCGGAAGGUGAUGACCAGGAGCCAGCCGAGGAUUCCUCUGACCCCACAGAGGAGGACCAACUAACUCAGGAGCCAGCCGAGGAAUCCCCUGACCCCGCCGCUCAAGAUCCACUUAAUGUAGCUCUGGGGACCAAGAUCCUCCAGGAAUCCCCUGACACCACCACUCAAGAUCCACUUAGUGUGGCUCUAGGGGCCAAGAUAUUGAAGGGACUGAUAGACCAAUACACGGGUAACGAAAAAAGGAGCCCAAAAAAAGAGGAGACAAUUGUUAAGAAGACCAGGAUCAUAAAACCGGCAGUUUGUGAACAAAAACCAGCGCGCAAAGCCAAUCCGAAGACGAAGGAGGAGAGGAACUCCAUGCGACGUGCCCGGCUGCGGGCUAGAGAGCCGAACUUUGUGUGCGACCAGUGCGGCCAGGCCUUCCGCAUGGCCCACAACCUGCGGAUCCACAUGCUGCGGCACAGUCGCACCAAGAACUACCAGUGCAGCGAGUGUCCGAAGACUUUCUACGACGCCUACAUGCGCAACAUGCACGUCCGCAUCCAGCACCGCGGCGAAUCGCCCUUCGCCUGCGGCUUCUGCAGCGAAACGUUUGCCUAUGCGGGGGCUAGGCAAAAACAUGAAAGUGAGGUACACAACGCUGCUCCCCGUCUGAUUGUGAAGCGAAUCAACCCCCGGCCCAAGUCUCAAAAGGGUGUGCGCCACCAGUGCAAGCUGUGCAACAAACAUUACGCCUCCAAGUACGCGCUGAGCUGGCACGAAAAGGCGCACACCGAGGCAAACACCUUCAAGUGCCAGCAGUGCAGCAGGUGCUACUCGGAUCCCAACAGCCUGAAGCGCCACGUGCAGAUGGCCCACGAGAAGAGGCCGCUGCAAUGCGAUGUUUGCCUGAAGGGAUUCUUUCAGCGCACAAAACUGCGUGAGCACGAGCUCAUCCACACCGGCGAACGUCCCUAUUGGUGCGAGGUCUGCAAUGUGAACUUCCGCUACAAGUACAACAUGAAGACCCAUGCCAGCACUAAAAUGCAUCAGGAAAACCUUCGCAAAACGGGCCAAGAACCAUUAGUUGAAGACUAAUGAAAAGAGAGUUUGAAUUU